GACAAUCGUUUAUGUGUUCCUAAUUGCUCUUUGAGAGAUCUAUUUGUCAGGGAAUCCCAUGGAGGAAGCUUGAUGGGUCAUUUUGGUAUAGCAAAAACUCUUAAAGUUUUGCAGGAUCACUUCUAUUGGCCGCAUAUGAAAAGAGAUGUGGAGAGAAUCUGUGGAAGGUGCACAACUUGCAAGCUUGCAAAGUCUAAGGUUCAACCUCACGGUUUGUAUUCUCCUUUGUCUAUUCCUACUCAUCCUUGGAAUGAUAUAUCUAUGGAUUUUAUUGUGGGAUUGCCAAGAACUAGGACAUGAAAGGAUUCUAUCUUUGUAGUUGUGGAUAGGUUUUUAAAAAUGGCACAUUUCAUUGCUUGCCAUAAAACUGAUGAUGCAUUGCAUGUUGCUAACCUGUUCUUUAAAGAGAUUGUGCGCAUUCAUGGCAUGCCUAAGACUAUAGUUUCUGAUAGAGAUACUAAGUUUCUUAGUUAUUUUUGGUAGACUCUUUGGUCUAAGCUAGGUACUAAGCUGUUAUUCUCUACUACAUGUCAUCCCCAAACUGAUGGGCAAACUGAGGUAGUUAAUAGAACUCUUGGAACUCUCUUGCGUGCAUUCAUUAAAAAGAAUCUGAAAUCAUGGGAAGAGUAUUUGCCUCACUGUGAAUUUGCUUAUAAUCAUGCUCAGCAUUCUGCUUCUAAGUAUUCUCCUUUUGAAAUUGUUUAUGGGUUCAAUCCCAUCUCACCUUUGGAUCUAAUGCCUUUACCUGAGUGUGAAAGGGUUAGUAUGGAUGGGAAAAAGAAAGCAGAAAUGGUGCAGCAGAUUCAUGAGCAGGCAAGAAGAAACAUUGUGGAAAAAACCAAGCAGUACACUAAAAGAGCAAACAAAGGCAGGCGUGAGAUGAUCUUUGAUGUAGGUGAUAAAGUGUGGGUUCACUUGCGCAAGGAGAGGUUUCCAAAUGAAAGAAAGUCUAAGCUCAUGCCGCGGAUUGAUGGCCCUUUUGAAGUCAUCCAGAAAAUCAAUGACAAUGCCUACAAGCUUGAUCUUCAAGAUGAGCUAGAUUUGAGGACAAAUCCUUUUCAAGAGGGAGGGGAUGAUAUGACCAUGGACCAGUCAAACAAAGAAGAUAAUGGGAGCAUGGAAGAUCCAGCUGAUGGAGGAGCUCUAGCCAUAUCUGAAGGUCCUAUGACUCGAGCCAGAAGCAAGCAACUCAAAGAAGCCAUUGGAGGAUUACUUAAGACAUCACUGAAGCAAGAAGAGAGUCUUGGAAGAAGCUUGAUCAACCAAGACACACUUACCACAAUUCAAGCCAUCUCAGCUCCAAGAUAGACAUCAAAUGAGCAAGUAACAUAUGUGUGCUCUUUUUCCCUAUCUUUGGUUUUGUCCCACUGGGUUUUCCAAAGAUAGGUUUUUAAUGAGGCCAUAUGUUGCUUUCCUAUCACUCAUUUGAUGAUCUCAGUUCAAGACUUUAUUUUAAUUAUUUAUCUUUGCUAGACUUGAGAAUUAAGCUGCCAGACUUGAGAAUUAAGCUGCCAGACUUGAAAGCCCUUAUAAGGUUUUAUAUGGGUUUUAUAAGGUUUAUUUUUAAGGCCCAUUUAGAGACCAAGGAGCCUGUUCCUUGCUUUCUCUAUAAAUAUGUGUCUGAAAACCCUAAUAGAGUUAUCCAAUCUUUAUUUCUAAACU